AUGUUGUUGGUGCUUGUACCUUUUGCUCAUGUGUUGGAAUAUGCGAAUAUCUGUGUGUUGGAUCCUGUUUUGUGGAGGUUCGGUCAAAAGUGCACGGGUUGCCGGGUCGGCCUGAGUCCCACGGAUUUCGUCCACCGAGUCCAGGGCAAGGUUUACCACGUGGAGUGCGUCACUUGCUCGAGCUGCUGCAAGAUUUUGGCCACCGGUGACAGGUUGAUUGUCCUGCCGCAAUCUGCGGAAAUUUGCACGGAAACUGAGCAGAGUCCCACGAUUGGCAUCAAGUUGGCGUGCAGUGACGAUUGUGCCAGAAAAGUUGGCGGUUUCCGAAGCGAGAAUAAGAGACCCAUCGGAUUUCACCAGAGGAGGACGAGGUCUAGACUAGGUGCCGCGGAAAUACUGCCAUCAAUCUGGCCAAAUCCUUCAAUGCCAGGGAUGAACAAUAAUUCAGUUCCACAAACUCCAUUCGACACCAUGAUGCCAUAUCCGGAUCAAGUACACGAACCGCGCUUGCAGUUACUCACGAACCAGACGACAGCGUCCGGCUUCCUGUUACCAGGAGAGACAUCUACUCAAUCUCUGUUGCGAUUCCCGGACAACGAUGAUUGCGACGAAGGUGGAGGCUGCUCCUCGACCAUUCGUCGCCGAGAGCCCCGAACGAAAAUCAAAACGAAGCAGCUUGAGGUGCUCAAAGCUGCAUUUGCCGCUACUCCGAAACCCAAUCGUCACACCAGAGAGCAGUUGGCUAAGGACACAGGGCUGAACAUGAGAGUCAUUCAGGUCUGGUUCCAGAACCGCAGAAGCAAAGAAAGGCGAAUGAAGCGCCUGAGUUCCUUGAACGUCGUGAAACGCCCCAGUGUUUACCGUCAACACAAGGAAUUCUGGAAAACCGUGAAACCCGCUUUUCAAGCCAUCUCCACUCUUCCAUUAUCGUCUCCAGAGCAAUCAGAAAAACCCUUCGUGCCUGAAGAACCCGUCCCACAGAACAUGUCCGCGGAACCCGCCAUCAUUUUGACCAAUUACGACGACAUUCAUCCCUGGUCAGCAUCAGGGCAGGAAUUCUCUGAAGAAACCACCAGCAGAACCACUCAGUCAGAGUUUUUUGCCGAAAAUCCCACUCGAGAAUCGUGUUUUGAACAGCAUCAGCAGCAGCAACCAUUCCUGAAAUACGAAUUUCAAGAUCAAAAUGCCAAGUGA